GAAAAUUCUGCCGCGUCGGUCGUGGUUCGAAGGCGCACGUAACGGUACUUGCCGACGGCGCCAGUUGAGCAUAACGCGCAAACAAACUAUUAAUUUUGCAAGCCCGGCUUAGCAACGCCCAAUCGAAAAGAUCAACAGACAACUCUGAACAGACUGCAGUAUGGAGAUUUUGGCCAAAAUGCGUGCAAUUACUCAACGCAUGACAACAAAUUAAUUGGCCAGAAGAGACUGAGAGCGAGAACGAAAACGAGAGCGACGAACACAACCCGCGGCAACAAGUGGGGAGGCCCACAAAAAUUAUUGCAAUCCGGCGAGCCGGUUAUCACGCCUGCAAGUGCAUCGAAAUAAAAAAAAAAACACAAAAAAAUAAAUAAAUACAAAAAAUAAAAACCAACAACAAUUGCGGCAAAAACUUGACCGAUUUUCCGAGCCAUUUGGCGACGGGCCGCCUGCUAAUCUCGCCCAGAAAACUCGGCUCACAAUCGACGUUGUGAUGAUUUAUGCAGUUUAUUGGGAAUGCACAAAUAAUUGACAACCGAGUGUUUGUUUGAAAUGUAAGCCACGACGCGUGCAAACAACACUGUAAACAGUAAACAUAAUAUUGAGAAUCUCGAUUUGACUAUUCGUGGCACAGCCAACAGGCAGCCAGGCAGUGAGUCAGUGAGGCAGACGUGUGGCAUAUUGACACUGACCCCCUACAGGAACACAGAGAGCGAGUGCCCCACCGAUUUGCUGUUCGGGGUCUGGAUGGAGGCAACUCCCAGGUGCCGGGGCCCCCGAGACGCGCACGGUUCAACUGAAGCGGCAUCGGAAGUGGCGGCAUCGGCAUUGGCAUCAGCAUCGUCAACGGUAUCAAUAUCGGUAUUGGCAACGGUAUCACAGCAACCACAGCAUCAACACUGGCUGCCACAUCAACAACAUGGCCAUAAAGCAACAGCAACGAACAAACUGUAAUUCAUGGUUAAAAUUGCCCAACAAACUGCUGAUAUUGGUGGUGAACAAGGAUACACACCCAUCUCAAAAGUACCGCCAUGAAUGAGACAGAGUGCGAGGAUCUCAUCAAAUCUGUGAAAUGGACGGAACCAGCCAACCUGAUCUCCCUGGCCAUACUCGAGUUUAUCAACGUCCUGGUCAUUGGCGGCAAUUGUCUCGUCAUCGCCGCCGUCUUCUGUUCCAACAAGCUGCGGAGUGUGACGAACUUCUUUAUUGUCAACCUGGCAGUGGCCGACUUGCUGGUGGGUCUGGCGGUGCUUCCCUUCUCGGCCACCUGGGAGGUCUUUAAGGUCUGGAUUUUCGGCGAUGUGUGGUGCCGCAUUUGGCUGGCCGUCGACGUCUGGAUGUGCACGGCAUCGAUCCUGAACCUGUGCGCCAUAUCCCUGGAUCGCUAUGUGGCGGUCACACGACCCGUCACCUACCCAAGCAUCAUGUCCACUAAGAAGGCCAAGUCCUUAAUCGCCGGCAUUUGGGUUCUCUCAUUUGUUAUUUGCUUUCCGCCGCUAGUCGGCUGGAAGGAUCAAAAGGCCGUUGUUCAGCCGACCUAUUCGAGGGGAAACUAUACGCUUUUCUACGCCACCACGAUGUCCAGCACGGAGGAUGGUCAACUAGAGUUAGAUAGCAUUAAGGAACAGGUGGAGGGGUCCUCGCCCCAGCCGCCGCAGAUGUCACAGAUGCCGCAUGGCAACGCCUACAAUCCCUACGAUCCCGAUUUCGCCCCUAUCGACGGCUCUGCAGAGAUUCAUAUCGCCGCCAUUGGCUCGACCACGAGCACUUCGACUUCCUCUCCCAUCACAACCACCGAAACGGAAAUGGACUACGAUCUGUUGAACUCGCCGCCCCAAAACAAGCCACAAACGAUGUCCGGCAGCUGUCCCUGGAAGUGCGAACUGACGAACGAUCGUGGGUAUGUCCUGUACUCAGCCCUGGGCUCCUUCUACAUACCCAUGUUCGUGAUGUUGUUCUUCUACUGGAGGAUCUAUCGGGCAGCCGUGCGCACCACCCGGGCCAUCAACCAGGGCUUCAAGACCACCAAGGGAUCCAAGGGCAUUGGGUCCCGAUUCGAAGAGCAACGCCUGACGCUGCGCAUUCACAGAGGACGCGGAUCCAAUCAGCAGGACUCGAUGCACAGCAACGGCAGCACUCAGAGCACCACCACCACACUGGGGACUCCGUCGCCGGAACGGCUCUCCAAGUACGCCACCCGGCGGAUGCACCACCACGACAAAAUCAAAAUCUCCGUCUCCUACCCGUCCAGCGAAAACAUAAGCGAGUUGGCCGGACACGGAGAUGAGCGCCACGAGCGUCGUCCUUCCGGAAAUGCCCUAUUUGCCGUACAUUACAAUGGAGCCAAUGGACGCGAGUCAACUGAAUCGCAUCUCUAUCGACAGCAGCAGCAACACGGCGGAGCCAGUUCCUGCUACCUGCAGGUGGGGAAGGCCUUGCCGGAACUGGCCAGGCGGCAGAGCAACACCAGUGAGGGCGGUGGCGGAGGAGGGGGAUCCGGUCACAGGCCGGCCAACAAGAAGAUGGGCCGGCGAAACAUCAAGGCCCAGGUGAAGCGCUUCCGAAUGGAGACGAAGGCGGCGAAAACCCUAGCCAUCAUUGUCGGAAUGUUUAUCUUCUGCUGGUGCCCCUUUUUCACGAUGUACAUCAUCCGGCCAUUCUGCCAGGACUGCAUCGACCCUCUGCUCUUCUCCGUGCUCUUCUGGCUGGGCUACUGCAAUUCGGCGGUGAAUCCCAUGAUCUAUGCCCUCUUUUCCAAGGACUUUCGCUUUGCCUUCAAGAGGAUCAUCUGCCGAUGCUUCUGUUCGCGGCAGUCGGUUUCCUUGAAGAGUUCCCGUCGCGGCUCCGACAUGUCCGCCAUCCGGAUCCGGGCCAGGACGCCGAGCAUCACGCCCAGUGCAGCAGCCCAUAGUUUCGGGGACGAGAGCGAACUGCACCACUCCGAGAUGAGCAACGAUCCCAGGUGACGUUCGUUCGGGCCCAGCUCAAGCUCUCAGAGUAGCUUGGGCGGGUUGCGGAAGACGAGCCUGAAGGUGCCCGUCUACGAGAUUUGCCAUCCGCUGGUCAUGGAAACGGCCUGCUACUCCUACGUCGAGGCCACCGGCGAUGCUUCUACCUCCGCCUCAGUUGGUGGCACCGGGGGAGGGAGCGGCUCAAAGCGGACGCAGUUGUAGCCGCGGGAGCUGCUGGCGCUGCGAAGUCUGGGGGGCGGAACGCAUGUUCCGCCGGCGCGGCGACCAAGACGCAUGGUCCGGGUGGAGUACAGCGAUGCCAGGGU